AUGGUUGCCGCCAACCUUUCCGGAACAUCCGCUGCAGCGAAUCCGCGAAUUAUUAUCGUCGGGGCUGGGGCAUCGGGGCUGGCAGCUGCUACCACUCUGUACCGUGCUGGGCUCACCAACAUCACUCUGCUGGAGGCUUCUCAGAGAAUUGGAGGACGCAUCAAUUCUGUGCCUUUUGGAGGUAACGGUUCGCCUGUGGAGCUUGGAGCUCAGUGGUGUCACGGAGAGGAAGGUAACAUUGCUUACCAGAUGGCGUCCGCAUUUCCCGGUCUACUCAAAACCUCCAUGGUCGACGAAAACGAAUACCUGGUCCAGUCGGAUGGAAAACAGGUGCCGGAGACGAUUUCCGAUCGCCUCUGGGCAUUGGGCGAAUCCAUUUUACAAGCAUCCUAUACCUCCGGCUACGCGGGAUCGUUGGGCGACUAUAUUACCACUCAGUAUCGCACCAAAAUAAACUCGUCAAAGUACAGUGACAUCAAUCGUGAGCUGGCGGAGCAGUUUUUGGUAAGUUUCGACAACUCCGAGCUCUUAGGCCACAGCGCGAUCGAUUCGUGGUUUGAUGUGGCCGCAACGAGUGACGACGGGUAUGUGGAAACCGAAGGAGAGCAAUCCCUAGCGUGGACGGGACAGCGAGGCUUCAGCUCGAUACUGGACAUAAUGACGACUUUACGGCAAUCGAAGCACGCCUGGGCCGAAGCCGUUGGCUUCUUCUACCGCGUGGACAGCAAACCGCACGUGCUCUGCGCCUGGUUGAACGGUGCUCAAGGUCGCCAAUCCGAACUCUUGUCGGAUGAUACGAUUAAGGAGGGUCUGCUUUACCUGCUUAGCAUUUUCGGUAAGAACUACAACUUCGGAAACGUACAAGCUGUUUUGAGCCGAUCGAUCGCCACUGAGCGUCUUCAAACUGGAGCGGGUGAUCUGAGUGAAUCGCUCACAGCUGCUGCUAAUCACCCGGUAGUUCUAUUUGCUGGUGAAGCCACCAGCGUCGAACACUACUCCACUGUCCACGGUGCGAUCGAAAGUGGCCAACGUGAAGCGAAUCGUUUGAUCGACCUGUAUCAAUGA